AUGACCACUGCACCAUGUCUUAGCUCGGCACCGCCUUCUUGGUGCCAAGUAACCAAUCCCCUGCAGUUAUGCUCAACUCCUCGCAUGAAUCGACCAAUCAACUCGCCGCUCACACAAAAGUCACCUCUUCAACUUCCUAGCGGGAAGCUGCCUAUCGGGAAGUGUCCACAGACAGCACGAAUCAAUGAUAGAUACCGUACAAGGCAGAUAGUCAUAUGAAUCAAGUGAAGAUGAGGCUAUCCCGAGCUGAAUAUAAAGAGAUUGUGAGAUGGACUGAUCAGCUGAGACCCACCCGCCAAUGCAUGAAGAUGCUGAAGGAAAGAUUUCCAAAUCACUCGCAGUCCACUCUUCUGAGCAUCUUCUCCCUGGAGUACCAGAAACGAACCAAAAGAACAUUCUCAAGACACAACGCACCAGAUGUUAUCGAAAGCCACUACCAAAGGUAUCUGAGUGAAGCAAAGGCACAUCCCAGUGCUCCUGUCCUGCUGGAGUUGGCCAAUGAGGUGGAUCUGUCUCCUGCACUGAUGGCUCGUAUCAUCCUGGGCAGGUUCCUUCAGGGCCUGGAGGGUGGAAUGCCCUCUAAAACAGUCCUCAACAGCAUGCUUAAGGAGCCGUCGUUAAUUCCAGACCAAAUUUUGGCGAAUAACAUCUACCAGUGCACAAUAAAUGACUGCUGUUAUGGACCGCUGGUAGACUGCAUCAAACACGCUAUUGGCCAAGAGCACGAGGUGCUGCUCUGUGACAAACUGAAGGAGAAGAACCUUUCCUUUCUUGAUGAAAACCAACUGAGAGUUAUGGGCUAUGACAAAACACCCGACAUCAUCCUGGAGGUUCCCAUUGCCGUGGAGGGACACAUUGUACACUGGAUCGAGAGCAAAGCUUCGUUCGGAGAUGACCACAGUCAUCGCACCUAUCUCAACGAACAGUUCUGGAGCUACUGGAACAGGUUUGGUCCCGGCCUUGUGAUCUACUGGUAUGGUUUCAUAGGAGAGCUGGACUGCCAGAGAGACAGAGGUAUCCUGCUCAAAGACUGCUUCCCAACAGACAUCGUCACCCUGUGCCAUGCCACUCAGCAGGACCGACUGCCACAAGUGCCAGAAUAAA